GAGCCAGAAGAUCGUAAUGAAGACGAUCAUACAAGCAUCAAGGAUAAGUGCGCUAGAGAAAAUCAUAGCGAAAUCGAAAAACGCAGGCGAAAUAAGAUGAACGCAUAUGUUGCUGAAUUAUCUAAUAUGCUGCCUAAUUGUGGCAGCCUACCUAGGCGACCUGACAAGUUAACUAUACUAAAAAUGGCUGUAUCCCAUAUGAAAUCACUAAGAAAGGAAGAAAUGGAAUCAAGAGCUGUGUGCAGAUCGUCAUUUUUAUCUGAUCAGGAAAUUAAACAGCUAAUUUUAGAGGCUGCAGAUGGAUUUUUAUUUGUAGUUUCCUGCGAUAACGGAUCCCUUUUAUAUGUUUCAGACGCUAUAUCAAAUGUUUUAAAGUUAUCACAGGAUGAUUGGACCGGUAGGUCACUGUAUGAGCUCGCUCACCCAGAAGAUACUUCUAAGAUAAGGGAGCAGCUAUCGGAUAACGAAGUUUCUCAAUUAACAAACGGUAUUUUCUAUUUAAUUAUCUUAAAUAGAUCUGAUUCAGGCGCUCGUAAGUCUUUCAUAUGUAGAAUGCGGUACGGUAGCGAUAACUACGACGUCGAAUAUGAAGAGGAUCAAUUUUCAAGUACCAAUCCGAAUGGUGUUACAACUAGAUACAAAGUUGUCCAUUGUGCAGGAUAUAUACGAUCCUGGCCACCAACUGGAAUUACAGAUGAUGACUCAUCAGAAAGUUCUUUUUCUAGCUUUGGGAGCGAAAACGGUAUUGGAACUUGCUUGGUAGCAAUUGGUAAGCUACUGCUUGCGACUGCCCCUACGGUUGCAGAUGAAGAAGGCACAACUUUUGUUUCAAGGCAUGAUAUUAAUGGUACUUUCACUUUUAUUGAUCAAAGAAUUACAUCGGUGACAGGAUUUCUACCGAAAGAUCUACUAGGUAAAAACAUCGUAAAUUAUUGUCACCCUAGUGACCGAGAAUUGCUAGAAGAAAGUUUUAAACAAGUGCUGACAAUGAAAAAUCAGAAACUUCGCAUCAAUUACAGAUUUCGUACCGUUAAUAAUAAUUGGAUAUGGCUGCACAAUACGUGUUACAGUUUCUUAAAUCCGUGCUCAGGACAAGUUGAAUAUAUCGUC